AUGCAGUUCGCCCGUUCUUCAAUUGCGACCGACGCCUCGGGGAUCUUUCUUGGGCGUGGAAAGCCCUCUGCUGCAGCUUCUCUAUCUCAGAUCGACACUGAGGCGGCCCCUAACUAUAGAGCUCAUCGACUUGUUAUCUAUCGAGAAGUUGAUGCUUCUUCUGAAGGAGGGGAGGAAAGUGGUGAUGAUGGAUAUUCGGUUGAUUGGGGGGAUGAUCUUGACAAAGGUCAUCUAGUCAAGCGCAGAUGGACCUCUUGUCGACAUAUAUUACCUUGGAAACAGAGGGAGCAUAACAAUGAAACUUCAAAGGUGAAGGAUAUUAAUGUUACUGAAGAGACAGCUGAAGCUAGAAUCUAUCGCGGCGGUGGGGCCUAUCAAGUAGUUGAUUCGCCAAUUCGUGUGCCGUCCAGUCGGGUGGAUACGAAGCGACCC